GUGAUCUUGUUCAAUAGGUCUCCACUCUCCACCUUAUCAUUGCCUUUUGGUUCUUUCUCUCUCUUUCUUCUGUGCGUAAACUGUAUAGUGUAUACUAUAUUAACCCAAUCCCUGCAAAACCAAACCAUUCUCUCUCACCAUAUCAUGACAGAUCCCUACCCUAAUUACUUCAAUAAUGGUUGGUUUAAUAUCAACCAUGUCCACCACUUCUCUUCCACCUCCACACCUUCCUCUGUUAAUCCAUAUAAUUAUCACCCUCCUAAUUAUGGAGAUUACCACAAUUUCUGCUCAUCAAACAACUUGAUCAACAAUAUUAACAAUACCCUUUUCACUAAUCACCACCACCAAUCUUCAUCACCUCCCUCUCCUCCUCUAAGAGAAGCCCUUCCACUCCUCAGCCAAAGCCCUUCAAGAAAUCACCACCACGAAGACAUGCAAGAAUCAGCUGCUGCUGAUGACCAUCAAAGCUUCUUGAGCUCUUCUAGGUCUGAUGAUAUUGUUGAUCAUCAAGAAGAAGAUGAUGAAACUGUUACUGUGGCUUUACAUUUAGGGCUUCCAAGCAGAACUCUAUCUUCAGCUGAUUUAAUCUCCAGGCUCUCUUCCCCAGAAAUCCCAUCAGAUAAAGAAGCAGAUGUGACUGUUGCUUCAGCUGGUUUUGCAUCAAACAGGCUCAACAAAGGACAGUACUGGAUCCCUACUCCUGCUCAAAUUUUAAUUGGUCCAACCCAGUUCUCAUGCCCUCUUUGCUUCAAGACCUUCAAUAGAUACAAUAACAUGCAGAUGCAUAUGUGGGGGCAUGGAUCUCAAUACAGGAAAGGGCCAGAAUCUCUAAGGGGAACACAACCAACAGCCAUGCUUAGACUGCCUUGCUAUUGCUGUGCGCCAGGUUGCAGAAACAACAUUGACCAUCCAAGGGCAAAGCCUCUCAAAGACUUCAGAACCCUACAAACCCAUUACAAGAGAAAGCAUGGGAUCAAACCCUUCAUGUGUAGAAAAUGUGGCAAGGCUUUUGCAGUGAGAGGUGAUUGGCGAACCCAUGAAAAAAAUUGUGGCAAACUUUGGUAUUGCACUUGUGGCUCUGAUUUCAAGCACAAGAGGUCUCUCAAAGAUCAUAUCAAGGCAUUUGGACAAGGCCAUGCAGCUUAUGGAAUUGACUGUUUUGAAGAGGAAGAUGAUGUAGCUUCUGAAAUUGAGGAAAAUGACUCCUCCUCCCAUUAGUGUGCUUGUU